AUGUGUUCAUCCGGGCAAUAUGACGUGCUGCAAUCAUCAACUUUGACAACGACACAAGCUGCAGCUGCUUGCCGCGGUGACAUCACUGAUUCAAAGCACUAUUGCUGUUACCAUCAAAAUGCAAUUGCUGUGCACUUACUUGAAAUGAUGUUGACCAAUUUGCAAGGCGAAUACAGCGAGACCGUGAGCGAGGCAGCUUACGCAGGUCAAAUUUAUCGAGUAGCAUGA